AUGAGGCAGAGAAGCAUGCAAAGCUGGGGUCCAUAUCGAACUUCGGUAACUUUACCAAUAUAUCUGCAGACUGAGAAUCUUAAAGGAGCAGUGAGAGCAUUCGCAUUCUGCAUGCUGAGUUGUAAGCACCAGAGUCGUUUCAGGUUGAGGCGAAAUGCCAUCAUCCGAUUUCCAUCAAAUCACCCUCAAUUCUCCCUUCGUCCAUCACCGUCAUCAACACCAAAUCCUUCAUACCUCAGUCCACACUUGCAUACACACCGUUUCAAUCCAGUAUCGGAGAAUUAUUCGGCUCUAUGCGCCGCACCUGUUCUUUGGGUCGACCAAAAUCUCUUGAAACGCAUGGUGCCGGAUAUCAGAUUCGCCUCUGUCUCUGCUCAUGCCCCUGACCUAUUGAGAUGCCUUACGAACAAAAGCAAUCUUCCAUGCAUACGUAAGAGGGCACCAAAUUCCUUAGCCACGGUAAUCUCCCGCAACCCUAAUCUUUCUUCUGUUCUGUCCACCGUCCAGUCAUUUCUUUCAACGUCUCAUCUUUCCCAGUCGAGCAUUGAUUCUAUUACAGGACACCUCAAGAUUGUUCGACCUCAGUCUCCUCAUGAGUCGCAAACCCGGAAUCUAGUCGCCUUCAUUGUGCUUCUUGCGGCCCAAAACCACUUUUCAAUUGGCACACGUCGUCAACCAUGGCCGCUGAGGCACUCCUCGCGAAGCCUUGAGCCAGCGAAUUCAUUCGUAUCAGUCGUUCGUUACUGA